UGAUAAAUAUUCAUUGGACAAAGUUUGAACAAAAAUCUAUGUGCAGUUUUAUUUCAGGGGAAUUACCUUAAGCAAAUACUUGAGGCAGUUAGGUGUAGGCGGCGAUGGCUGCGCGGAAGUUGGGUUGAGUCCGCCUCCUCUGGCGCGAAAUUAGAAUAUUUAAGCCUUCCUAGAAGCGUCGGCGAGCGACGGCUGUUUUGCUUUCGUUUUCAGUGGUCGAAUUUGACUUUGUUCGUGGAUUUUACGAGCAUGAUGGCAACUUUUUGAGAAGUUCGAGACCUUCUAGCUGUUGCAUGCUUUGAGGACAUCAUAGACGAGAAUGAAUUUCUGUUGUUGUGGGAUUUACACACGUCGAAAAAUCUUGACUUUCCUUACGAAGACUACGGCCGAUUUGACGUGGACAAGAUGGACGAUUCAGAGUGUUUAGCAGAGUUUAGAGUCAAGAAACGCGACCUUCCGGACCUAGCUGCUGCCUUGCAAAUACCAAAUCAGUUUGUGUGCCAUCAGCGGUCAGUGGCCGAUGGAAUGGAGGGACUCUGUAUGCUACGCCGACCACUUUCAUAUCCCUGCAGAUACUCAGAUAUGAUAGCGCGCUUUGGUCGGCCGGUGCCUGUUAUGAGCAUGGUCACAAAUACUGUGCUGGAUUAUAUCUUUACCACCCACAGUCACAGAAUACUACAAUGGAACCAAGCUAUUCUGCAACUGGCAAAGCUUCAAAUAUAUGCUGAUGCAGUCUCAUUAACGGGAGCAGCAUUGAACAAUUGCUUCGGCUUUAUCGAUGGAACUGUCCGGCCAAUUUGCAGACCCGGAGAGCACCAACACGUGGUGUAUAAGGGCCAUAAACGUGUUCAUACGCUUAAGUUUCAAUCCAUUGCUCUUCCAAAUGGGCUGAUCGCUAACAUGUACGACUCUGUUGGUAAGUAUAUUUGGUACUCAAGUAUCUUGUUUUGAGAGGGCAUACCCCCUCUCUGCACAAAGAAAAUGCAGUACAUUUAUGGGAUAAUUGGAGCCCCCUCAAGCAAAUCCUAGCUACAUCCUUGUUUUGAAUGUCAGUCAACCAUUCACUACUCUAUUGCCAUUUUUUUGAGUCAGAAAAUCACUUUUUUUGCUCACCGCUCUUUUGAAAUAGUUAACAACACUAGGGUGUAGGUCAUUACUUUUUCACCAUGAUUACAAACGCAAAACACUGUAAAAUGUUCUUUUUUGUAGAGGGCAGGAGGCAUGAUUCUUGGAUUUAACAGACUCACAAUUACUGCCUCUCUUGAAUCAACAUGCAUUCUUACCAGGGGGGCAGCUUAUGUACAUCUAUGGGGACCCCGCCUAUCCCAUGAGAGCUCAUCUGAUCCAGCCAUUUAGAGACAGGGUGUUGACUCCUCAGAUGCAAGCAUUCAAUACGUCCAUGAGCAAAGUUAGAGAAGCUGUAGAAUGGUUGUUUAAAGAUGUUGCCACAUCCUGGAAGUUUAAAGAUUUCAAGACAAGAAGAAUUUAAAGAUAGGGCUUAAUAGAGUAGGCAAAAUGUAUUUGGUAAGUGCCAUUCUACGAAAUGCCUUGACUUGUCUCUACAGAAACAUGACAUCAGAGUACUUUGAUCUAGACCCACCAGCUCUGCAGGACUAUUUUAUUUAAACCAAAC